GAAAUUGUUGCCGUACUAAUACAGUAUGUGACUCGCCAGCAGAAACAGAUUAAGAUUGAUAAGGACCUUCAUUUGUUUUGUUAAAUGAUGUCGAUUGUUAACUCUUCAACCACAUUAACAUCGCUGGAUGAAGGGUUCCGAAACAAGAUUGAUUCUCUGCAGGUAUGUGUGGAUCUACGAGGAGGCUGGGGAGAGGACACUGUCUCAGAAUUUGAGCAGCUCACUGGAGAGUUGGCGACCUUACGUCAAGAUGUCGCUCAUUACAGAAGCAUCAUGGCCACUGCCCAGAAAGAUAUAGUAACGGCACAUUGUCUCCUAGAGCAGAUGCAGCAGCUGUCAAAGAGACUCACUCACAUGAAAACCAAUUUGCCAGUACAUAUACCAAAUGUUAAUGCUUCUCCCCCAGUUGUGCCUGCUGCUGUAUCCCAACCAACAACAAAGCAGACAAAUAUCAACAAACAAAAUGAACAGACUUAUACUCAGGAAAAGAGCAAAGUAAAGACUGGAUCUGGGAAAGCAAAGCAGAUUCCCAUUAUUGAGUACGUUACCAUUGAGGAGUUUGAGUCUGUUCCUAAGUACAUUCGUGGGCGUCUACAGUAUGACCAAGUAAACAAUACUGUCAAUGCAAUAAAUAAGACGCUGGAGAGCAAGUACACUCUGAUGGCACGUCCCAGAUCCAAAAUAUCUGAAGUUGAUAUGAGGAUCGUUACUGCUUGUAGACGUCAGGAGAACCAAGAGACCAGAGAUCUACACUUUGUGGUUGAUGACGACAUCAAACGAUGGGGUAAUAUGAAACUUGACACUGCUGGAAGGUCACUGAUGACUGUCUUGCGCACUCUGAAACGACUGAGGGAAGUGCGCGGUCCAGGCAACCUCGUGCGAUUUGCUGUAAUUACCUAAAAAUCCAUCCAGACAUUUUCCAGUGAUUUUUCCUGUCUUUAUUUCCUAUUUUUAGCAAAUCAUGGAAGUAAUUUUUUAGUUUCCACUUCUCAUUGCACUUGGUUUAAUAAUCAUCUGUCCUUAUUUCUUACAGAAAAAUGUAUUUUUGCUGUUGAUGAGUACAGUACUUUUGUGCUCAAAAGUUUACAGGUAGAAUGGGCCUCAAUCUUGGUGGUUUGAUAAUGUUGGAGCCUGAUGGGACUGGGGCCCAUUCAACCAGUCCAUAACAAAUCCUUGGAAGUUUUGUUUUAUCAUUAAUUUUAGUCUGAACCUUUCUGAGAUAUUAACUAUUUUACCACAUGUGAGGUAAUUAAAACAUAAAUUCGCCCUAGUUUUGUAUAUAAUUCUCAUCGGUUAUCCAUGGGAGGUCUUUGUAUUGCUCCUGUUUUAAUAUUUUAAAAUUUAUGGGAAAUAUACUUUAUGUACUCAAGACAACAAAGUUU